CUGAGAGCGCCUUUCAGUGGAUAAAAACAUCGCCGUGCCCUCUCAAUCUGUUUGACAACAACCGCGUUUUAGUGGAAGAAAGACACAAUAGACGGAACUAAGGGUAAAACGAAGUUAUUAGAAUUCACCAUCAUCCAGGUUCGAGCCUGACAGGCAUUGCUAUGCUCCCAGACUGACCGGAGAUUAGCUGGUGCAGCUACCAGAGCAGGAUGUCAAUAUGGCUGCUCAGCUGCUCGUUCCACCCGGACCUGACAGCUUUCGACGAUUCUUGCCUGAGUCUCUCGCUGCUAUCGAGCACCGCAUCGCAGAGGAGGCGGCCCAACGGCCCAAAGGCGGGAGACGGCCUGAUGAUGAUGAUGAAAAUGGGCCCAAACCCAACAGCGAUUUGGAGGCGGGAAAAUCCCUGCCCUUCAUCUACGGAGAGAUUCCACCCGAAUUGGUGUCCGUCCCGCUGGAAGACCUGGACACCUACUACAGCAACCAAAAAACCUUUAUAGUAUUGAAUCGUGGGAAGACUAUAUUCCGCUUUAAUGCUACGCCGGCUUUGUAUAUUUUGAGCCCCUUCAAUCCAUUGAGGAGAAUCUCCAUCAAGGUCCUGGUGCAUUCAAUGUUCAGUUUUGUGAUCAUGUGCACAAUCUUGACCAACUGCUCCUUCAUGACCCUCAGCAAUCCCCCGGACUGGGCCAAGAAUGUGGAGUACACGUUCACAGGGAUCUACACCUUUGAGUCCCUGAUAAAGAUCCUGGCACGGGGCUUCUGCGUGGGGAAGUUCACUUUCCUGCGAGACCCCUGGAACUGGCUAGAUUUCAGUGUCAUUCUGAUGGCGUAUGUAACUGAGUUUGUAAACCUAGGCAAUGUGUCAGCUCUCCGCACUUUCAGAGUGCUCAGAGCUUUGAAAACUAUCUCAGUCAUCCCAGGGCUGAAGACUAUCGUUGGCGCUCUGAUCCAGUCCGUGAAGAAGCUGUCAGACGUGAUGAUCCUGACUGUGUUCUGUCUGAGUGUGUUUGCUCUGAUCGGACUGCAGCUCUUCAUGGGAAACCUGCGGCACAAGUGUGUGAAGAUGCCGGAGGUCAAUGUCACUGAAAACCUGACCGCCACGCUGAACUACAGCGCCGGUUUAGAGCUGCGCAAAACCUUUAACUGGACAGAAUACACUAGUGACGAGAGCAAUUAUUAUUUCCUCCCAGGCCGCAGAGAUCCUUUGCUAUGUGGAAAUUCAAGCGAUGCAGGGCAGUGUCCAGAGGGCUUCACGUGUAUAAAAGCAGGUCGUAAUCCUGACUAUGGCUACACAAGCUUUGACACAUUCAGCUGGGCCUUCCUCUCACUCUUCCGACUCAUGACACAAGACUUCUGGGAAAACCUCUACCAGCAGACCCUGCGUGCAGCUGGAAAGCCCUAUAUGAUCUUCUUUGUUCUUGUGAUCUUCCUGGGCUCCUUCUAUCUGGUAAAUCUCAUCCUAGCUGUGGUGGCCAUGGCAUAUGACGAGCAGAACCAGGCCACCAUAGAAGAGGCUCAACAGAAAGAGGAAGAGUUUCAAGCCAUGCUAGAACAGCUAAAGAGACAACAGGAAGAGGCACAGGUUGCCGUGGCAGCAGCAACAGAGAGUGGGGAGUACAGUGGGAGGGGGGGCUUGUCAGAGGAAAGCUCCUCCGGAGGGUCCAGACUCAGCUCCAAGAGCGCUAAAGAGCGAAGGAAUAGGAGGAAGAAAAGAAAACAAAGGGAAGAAGAAGAGAAAGCCGAUCAGGAAAAGUUCCAUAAGUCCGCCUCAGAGGACAGCAUCAGACGGCCUGGAUUUCGAUUCUCCAUCGAUGCCAACCGACUCUCGUAUGAGAAGAAAUGUUCCACUCCAAACCAGUCUCUUCUCAGCAUUCGUGGAUCUCUCUUCUCCCCAAGGAGGAACAGUCGCACCAGUCUGUUCAGUUUUCGCGGUAGAGCGAGAGAUUUUGGCUCCGAGAAUGAUUUUGCAGAUGAUGAGCACAGCACGUUUGAGGAUAGUGACAGUCGCCGCGGAUCGCUCUUCGUACCUCAUUGCAUUGAGAGACGAAGUUCCACUGUCAGUCACUGCAGCCUUGCUCCCAGAAUUAUGCUCCCAGCCAACGGAAAAAUGCACUGCACAGUUGAUUGCAAUGGAGUGGUCUCCCUGGUGGGCGGGACAUCUGUGCCAACAUCACCAAUCGGACGUUUGUUACCUGAGGGCACAACCACUGAGUCUGAGGCACGUAAAAAACGUUCAGGAUCACACCAGCCGUCUGAUUAUCUGGAUGAGACAGUAGCCAGAAAAAGAGCUCUGAGUGUGGCCAGCAUUCUGACAAAUACUAUGGAAGAACUUGAGGAAUCGCGGCAGAAGUGCCCUCCAUGUUGGUACAAGUUUGCCAACAGCUUCUUGAUCUGGGACUGCUGUCCAGCCUGGCUGAGGGUGAAGGAGAUUGUGAACAUGGUGGUGAUGGAUCCGUUUGUAGACCUGGCCAUAACCAUUUGCAUUGUUCUCAACACCCUCUUCAUGGCUAUGGAACACUACCCUAUGACAGACGGGUUCAACCAUGUGCUGUCAGUUGGGAACCUGGUAUUCACAGGAAUCUUCACAGCAGAGAUGUGUCUAAAGGUAAUUGCUCUAGACCCAUAUUACUACUUCCAAGAAGGCUGGAAUAUCUUUGAUGGCAUCAUUGUGAGCCUGAGUCUUAUGGAACUGGGCCUGGCCAAUGUUGAGGGACUUUCUGUGUUGCGGUCUUUUAGAUUGUUAAGAGUCUUUAAGCUGGCAAAGUCUUGGCCCACGCUGAACAUGCUGAUAAAGAUCAUUGGUAACUCAGUUGGUGCUUUGGGAAAUCUAACCCUCGUCCUGGCCAUCAUUGUCUUCAUCUUCGCUGUGGUGGGAAUGCAGUUGUUUGGAAGGAGCUACCGUGAGUGUGUCUGCAAGAUCUCAGAUGAUUGUGAGUUGCCGCGGUGGCACAUGGACGAUUUCUUCCAUUCCUUCCUGAUUGUGUUCCGGGUGCUUUGUGGCGAAUGGAUCGAAACCAUGUGGGACUGCAUGGAAGUGGCGGGGCAGUCAAUGUGUCUCAUCGUCUUCAUGAUGGUCAUGGUCAUUGGGAAUCUGGUGGUGUUGAACCUGUUCCUGGCCUUGCUGCUGAGCUCUUUCAGUGCCGAUAAUCUGGCCGCCACUGAUGAGGACAGCGAAAUGAACAACCUGCAGAUCGCCGUGGGCAGAAUACAGAAAGGUAUCGCUUUGGUCAAGUCCGCUUUACGCCACUUUCUCCAAAGCCUCUGCCUGGCCGGCUCCAAACCUCGUGCUCUAGAUGAAGAGAAACCCCUUGACGACCUCCACAGUGACGGCAAGGAGAAUUGCUUGUCCAAUCACGUUCCGGUGGCCGUCGACCUCACAAAAGACUAUCUGAAGGAGGACUGCGUCUCCCCUGGUAAUGGAGUGGAAGGUCACGUAAAGUAUGGAAUUGAGGAAGGCAACUACAUGUCGUUCAUACACAAUCCCAGCCUCACUGUUACAGUACCAAUUGCGGUGGGAGAGUCGGACUUUGAAAAUCUGAACACGGAAGAUUUUAGUAGUGACUCGUCUGACAUCGAGGGCAGUAAAGAGAAGCUGCCUGUUGAUGCGGUUCUCAGUUCUUCAGAAGGGAGCACAGUGGAUAUCCGACCCCCUGGAGAGGGGGUGGAGUCUGUGGAGCUGGAGCCGGAAGAGUCCCUGGACCCAGAGGCCUGCUUCACAGAAGGCUGUGUGAUGAGGUUUCAGUGCUGUCAGGUCGAUGUGGAGACGGGAAGAGGGAAGAGUUGGUGGAUUCUCAGGAAAACCUGCUUCAUUAUUGUAGAGCACAACUGGUUUGAGUCCUUUAUCAUCUUUAUGAUAUUACUCAGCAGUGGAGCACUGGCUUUUGAGGACAUUUACAUCGAGCAACGUAAAACAAUAAAGACAGUGUUGGAAUAUGCAGAUAAAGUCUUCACAUACAUCUUUAUAUUGGAGAUGCUUCUGAAGUGGGUUGCAUAUGGCUUCGUCAAAUACUUCACCAACGCCUGGUGUUGGCUUGACUUCCUGAUUGUUGAUGUGUCAUUGGUGAGUCUGGUAGCAAAUGCUCUUGGUUACUCUGAACUAACUGCCAUUAAGUCCCUGAGAACACUGCGUGCUCUUAGACCUUUGAGAGCAUUGUCACGCUUUGAAGGAAUGAGGGUAAGACACACGCAAACACACAUCAUGUGGUGUGAUUUAACCAAGCAGGACAUGUUCCUGGAUAACAAGUUUCAAGGCCUCAUCUUUGACGUAAUCACCAAACAAGCCUUCGACAUUGUGAUUAUGAUCCUGAUCUGCUUGAACAUGGUGACCAUGAUGGUGGAAACCGACGAUCAGACAAAGGAGAUGGACAAUAUUCUGUACUGGAUAAACCUGGUUUUCAUCAUCCUCUUUACUGGAGAAUCUGUUCUCAAGAUGAUCUCCCUACGACACUACUACUUCACCAUUGGCUGGAAUGUGUUUGACUUCGUAGUGGUGAUUCUUUCAAUUGUUGGCAUGUUCCUCUCUGAGAUGAUCGAGAAAUAUUUUGUAUCGCCAACCUUAUUCCGAGUCAUCCGACUUGCCAGAAUCGGUCGCAUUCUUCGUCUCAUCAAAGGAGCCAAAGGCAUUCGUACACUCCUGUUUGCCUUGAUGAUGUCACUUCCUGCCUUGUUCAAUAUUGGCCUCCUCCUGUUCCUGGUCAUGUUUAUCUAUGCCAUUUUUGCAAUGUCCAACUUUGCUUAUGUGAAGCAUGAGGCGGGGAUUGAUGAUUUGUUUAACUUUGAGACAUUCGGGAACUCAAUGCUUUGCUUGUUCCAGAUUACCACUUCUGCAGGAUGGGAUGGCCUCCUGGCACCCAUCCUGAACAAGCAAGAUCCAGAUUGCGACAGUCGAUUGGAGCAUCCGGGCAGCAUGUACCGCGGCGACUGUGGAAACCCCUCGGUCGGCAUCUUCUUCUUUGUGAGCUACAUCAUCAUCUGCUUCCUGAUUGUGGUGAACAUGUACAUCGCUGUGAUCUUGGAGAACUUCAGCGUAGCCACAGAGGAGAGCGCUGAACCGCUGAGCGAGGACGACUUUGAAAUGUUCUACGAAGUCUGGGAGCGAUUCGACCCCAACGCCACGCAGUUCGUGGAGUACAACAAGCUUUCUGACUUUGCGGACGCUCUGGAUCCUCCGUUACGUAUCCCCAAGCCAAACAAGAUCCAGCUCAUAGCCAUGGACCUGCCCAUGGUCAGUGGCGACCGCAUCCACUGCCUGGACAUCCUGUUUGCCUUUACCCUGAGGGUACUGGGAGAGGAGGGUGAGAUGGAUGCCCUGAGGGGACAGAUGGAAGAUCGUUUCAUGGCCUCCAAUCCCUCUAAAGUCUCGUACGAGCCCAUCACGACAACCCUCCGCAGGAAACAGGAGGAGAUGUCAUCUGUGAUCAUCCAGAGGGCCUUCCGACGGUACCGUAUAAGGCAAACGGUAAAGAAGGCCUCCGAAGCCUACCGACAGCAGCUGCAAGAUGGGAGUGUGCGCAUCCCGGAGAAAGAGGUGCUCGUCAUUGGAAAGUUUCAAGAGAACUCUGCAUCGGACAAAACAGAUAUGACUCCGUCCUCUGCCUCUCCACCGUCUUAUAACAGCGUGGCCAAGUCAGAGAAAGACAAAUAUGAAAAAGAGAGGAGAGAGAAGGAGGACAAAGCAAAAGAUUGCCAGUGUCGACACGACGAACACACACACACACACACACACACACACACGCCUGCAUGUGACUGUUCAAUCCCUUCUUACGCCCUUAACCUCUUCAUUGGUGUCAUCAUUGAUAACUUCAAUCAGCAGAAGAAAAAGCUAGGAGGUCAGGAUAUCUUCAUGACAGAAGAACAGAAGAAAUAUUACAACGCCAUGAAGAAACUGGGAUCUAAAAAGCCUCAGAAGCCAAUUCCCAGGCCUGCGAACAAGUUUCAAGGCCUCAUCUUUGACGUAAUCACCAAACAAGCCUUCGACAUUGUGAUUAUGAUCCUGAUCUGCUUGAACAUGGUGACCAUGAUGGUGGAAACCGACGAUCAGACAAAGGAGAUGGACAAUAUUCUGUACUGGAUAAACCUGGUUUUCAUCAUCCUCUUUACUGGAGAAUCUGUUCUCAAGAUGAUCUCCCUACGACACUACUACUUCACCAUUGGCUGGAAUGUGUUUGACUUCGUAGUGGUGAUUCUUUCAAUUGUUGGCAUGUUCCUCUCUGAGAUGAUCGAGAAAUAUUUUGUAUCGCCAACCUUAUUCCGAGUCAUCCGACUUGCCAGAAUCGGUCGCAUUCUUCGUCUCAUCAAAGGAGCCAAAGGCAUUCGUACACUCCUGUUUGCCUUGAUGAUGUCACUUCCUGCCUUGUUCAAUAUUGGCCUCCUCCUGUUCCUGGUCAUGUUUAUCUAUGCCAUUUUUGCAAUGUCCAACUUUGCUUAUGUGAAGCAUGAGGCGGGGAUUGAUGAUUUGUUUAACUUUGAGACAUUCGGGAACUCAAUGCUUUGCUUGUUCCAGAUUACCACUUCUGCAGGAUGGGAUGGCCUCCUGGCACCCAUCCUGAACAAGCAAGAUCCAGAUUGCGACAGUCGAUUGGAGCAUCCGGGCAGCAUGUACCGCGGCGACUGUGGAAACCCCUCGGUCGGCAUCUUCUUCUUUGUGAGCUACAUCAUCAUCUGCUUCCUGAUUGUGGUGAACAUGUACAUCGCUGUGAUCUUGGAGAACUUCAGCGUAGCCACAGAGGAGAGCGCUGAACCGCUGAGCGAGGACGACUUUGAAAUGUUCUACGAAGUCUGGGAGCGAUUCGACCCCAACGCCACGCAGUUCGUGGAGUACAACAAGCUUUCUGACUUUGCGGACGCUCUGGAUCCUCCGUUACGUAUCCCCAAGCCAAACAAGAUCCAGCUCAUAGCCAUGGACCUGCCCAUGGUCAGUGGCGACCGCAUCCACUGCCUGGACAUCCUGUUUGCCUUUACCCUGAGGGUACUGGGAGAGGAGGGUGAGAUGGAUGCCCUGAGGGGACAGAUGGAAGAUCGUUUCAUGGCCUCCAAUCCCUCUAAAGUCUCGUACGAGCCCAUCACGACAACCCUCCGCAGGAAACAGGAGGAGAUGUCAUCUGUGAUCAUCCAGAGGGCCUUCCGACGGUACCAUUUAAGGCAAAUGGUAAAGAAGGCCUCUGAAGCCUACCGACAACAGCUACAGGAUGGGGGUGUGCGUAUCCUGGAGAAAGAGGUGCUUGUCAUUGGAAAGUUUCAAGAGAACUCUGCAUCGGACAAAACAGAUAUGACUCCGUCCUCUGCCUCUCCACCGUCUUAUAACAGCGUGGCCAAGUCAGAGAAAGACAAAUAUGAAAAAGAGAGGAGAGAGAAGGAGGACAAAGCAAAAGAUGCAAGAGACAGAAAAAAAUGAACAAGGGACUGAAACAGAGACUGUUCUUUUCAACUGAGACACUGUUUACAGAGCAGAGCGCGAGCACUGGGGUGCAAUUCACCUCAAGCGGUUUUGGAACUAAUGCCAAACUGAGUGUGUGUGAGGCGGAGUGUGUGUAUGUGCGUGUGUCUAGACUAUUGUGUGCGUGUGCACCGAGCUAGCCUUAGGGUGCAUUUAUGGUGUUGACGGAAAGCGUUGAUUCGAGGACAGUGCCAGUGUCGACACGACGAACACACACACACACACACGCUUGAGAAUGACUGUUGAAUCCCUAAGGACGCUGGUGUGAAACAAAAUGGCAAGUAUAGAGUGGUGUGUGAGUUUGUCUUUUAGUUUUGAGUGUUGUUACACAAUCCCGAGGACUGAAAGAAACUGUUAUAGUCAUCAGUAGCUAGUGCUAACACUACCGCUGGUGUCUUUCUUAUUGAAUGGCGUAUUAUAUACCUGCACAUUUUUGUUAGCUCAUUUUUUAAAUCAUGUUGAACUUUUCUACUCAUGGGUUUGAUUGUCUGAACAUUUAAGGGCACGUCUGUGGAAGGGGCUGGGGAAUGUCGAUCAUAUCCGGUAGUGAAUUAUCUGAACAGGACCUCAUUUACUUUAGCGUUAGCAAAUACAGAACAAACCACACACAC